AUGAACCCGUUUGGCCGCAUCUUCCCAGACAUCUCCACUUGCAAGAAUAUUGCCCUGACUGUGAAGUCCGCAAACGAUUACAAGGGAUUUCGUUUCUCUAUCGGAAACGCACAUGCUCCUGGUGGAAAGUUCUUUGCAUAUGGGUACAAGUCCGACUUCAACGCAGGGCCAGCUGGUCAAGUAAACACAGUCACCCUUCCCUUGACGGGCUUCACGGACUACUGGGAUGAUGCGACUGGCGCGGCCAUCAAGACAUGCCAGGAUGACAAGAUCUACUGUCCAGACUCCAAAACUCUCAAAGACAUGCGAACGAUGGGAGUUUGGGCCGAGGGUGUCGCCGGAGCGGUGCAUCUUGAAAUCCUUAACAUCAAGGCUACAGAGUGCGACAUUCGGGCCGGCAAGAAGGUUUCUUCCAUUGAGUUGCUCUACCAGAUGAACUGGGUAAUGUUGCACAUGAUCGGCUUCUUCGCCUUUCUCGGCCCGGCCGUCAUCAUCGAGCUCCCUGUGGCUCUCUAUGAGAUCAUCACAGGAUCAGGCGGCUUAAGUUCUUGGGAUGAAGGCCCAUUCAUCAAGCACUAUCGCCUGGUUCUCGCGGUCAUGCGAGUGUUGUGUGCCAUUCUGCUCCUGUUUGCCGCGCCCUUCCUCACGACCACCAAGACCAGGAAUCCGAACACCUUGGCCGCCUUGAAGUGGCGAGCAGAGUUCACGGUUGGUGAGUUCGGAGCCACACAAAUGUACUUCAAUGCGUUGAGCGUAUUCUUCCAACCAGGAGUUGGCCCCUACAGCUGGCUGGAUCUCGGCCUGCUUGGCCUUCUGAGCCUGGAAGCCUUCCGGAUCUUCUGUGUGCACGGCGUGUUUUGGUUGGUCGUCAUGAAUCGGUGGGACAGCAUCGACUGGGCGGCAGAAAUGAAGAGGAGGGUCCCGGCACAGGGUCCCGUCAUGCAGGGUCUGCGGACACUCACAGGAGAUGAGCUGACGCACAUGCACGCUGUGCAGGCCGGUGUGCCAGACUUCUCCGAGUGGAUCGUCAAGGCGUCGAAGUACCUGCCGGCCAGUAUGGUUGCGACCGGCUGCAAGUACGACAAGUUCAGGCUCCUAGUGGUGAAACCUGACAACUACGAGAACUUCAGGGCCAUGGAGUUCCAUGAGCUGAGUUCGGAGGACUUGGACCACUGGAAUAAGGACCUGUCCCGCGUGAGUUCCGCCCUUGAAUCUGCCGAUACCGUCUUUUUCCCCUACGGGCUCUACAAGAUGGAGAUGAUGCACCCGAAGGCAUUGUUGUCCCUAUCCAAGUACAAGGGUGAUGCUCGGUGCUGA